AUGAACUAAUAGGAGUAAGCAAAGAAAUAUGGCUUAUGGCAAAAUGUUAAGUCGGGAACUUAUUUAGGCGGAAUGGUAACAGGUAAAGGCAGUGUUUUAACUAAGUCUAGAUUGGCAAUUUAUGGUUUCUCUUCGAUUGGAACAGUUGCUGGAAGUUUGCUGUAUCCACUUAUGGAAGGGUAGCAGCAGGAUGUGCAUUUGCUAUAGCUUAGGGAGUAGGGGAAUAGGAGUUAUUGCUUUACUAGCUUUUGA